GCAACACCCCGCUACACUAUGCAUCAUGUGGGGGAGAUAUGAAGAUGUUAUGCAGGUUCUGAUUGAAACUGGGUCUAAUGUGGAAGAACAUAAUGAGAACGGCCAUACACCCCUGAUGGAGGCCGCAUCAGCUGGUCAUGCAGGAGUUGCGAUGUCUCUUCUUGAGGGUGGCGCAGGAAUUAACACUCCCUCUAAUAAGUUCAAAGAGAGUGCUUUGACCUUGGCAUGCUAUAAAGGGCACCUUGAGAUGGUGAAGUUUGUGCUAGAAGCUGGUGCUGACCAGGAGCACAAGACAGAUGAGAUGCACACCGCCUUAAUGGAGGCCUCCAUGGAUGGACAUGUGGAUGUUGCUAGGUUGUUACUGGACAGUUGGGCACAGGUUAACAUGCCUGCUGACAGUUAGUCUCCUUUGACACUGGCUGCCUGUGGUGGUCAUGUUGAACUGGCAAACCUCCGAACUAAACUAGGGGCCAACCUUGAAGAAGUCAAUGAUGAAGGAUGUACAUCACUAAUGGAAGCAGUCAGAGAAGGACAUGAAGAGAUAGUCUCUCUACUCCUUGCACACGGGGCUGACAUCAAUGCACAGACUGAGGAGACUCGGGAGACUGCUUAUGGAGGCAGCACAGGAAGGACACCUUGAGCUUGUCAAGUACCUUCUAAAAUCUGGGAGUAAUGUUCAUGCUCACACUGGAACUGGUGACACUGCACUGACUUAUGCUUGUGAGAAUGGGCACACUGAUGUUGCUGAUGUCCUUCUCAUGCAUGGAGCUGGCCUGGAACAUGAGUCAGAAGGUGGUCGUACUCCUCUGAUGAAAGC